AUGUGGGAAUUUGACUACUACAAUCGUGAUGCCGCGCGACAUGCGCAUUCCGGUCAGUUCCAGGCCCAGUCCAGGGCGGCGGUUGGGAUGGCUCCGCAGGGUGUUCCUUACGCCGUCGAUAGAUUCGGGAGACCGCACGCCAAUAGAUACACCACGGGAGACUUCGUUCAGGAUUCCGUGUUCUACGACGUAUCGGACGAGACCGUGGGCGUGAACACGGCCGAGCUAGAUCUAUCUGCGACGGAUGAAAACGCUGAGCGCAUGGCACUGUACAACACCGAGUUGCACGGCCCGCCCAUCGUGGGAGCAACCAUCGUGAGACACGACGAGACACGCAUCAACGUGGACUUUACACAUCCCAAUCGUUUGAGGUUUUUCACGUCCGCCCCAUACUCUAAUCGCCUCCGCGUGAACGAUGUGAACAACUGGACCUCCAAGGGCAGGUCUGCCCUGUAUCAGCUCGAGGCGUCCUUCCAUCUCGUUCCAAGGCUGGCUCUAGGUUCGAUGCAGAGCUCGACGUUGGUAGAUUUCGUGUACUUUACGUUGCCCACCCCAUCUGGCAACUACCUCUACGGCGUGAGCUACGUUGCGAAGUUCGCAGUUGUCAAGGAAGAGCCGAAGGGUUUUGCCCCACCCACAACACAGCAGAGGCUGAUAAAUGAAGCGGUGCAGUUCCUCGAGCGAUCGAAGGGUGUGACCCUGGUUUCUAAAAAUGCCGUGGGUGUCGGUGGCGCUCAGGGCAACCCCCAGGAGAAGCGCCGCCAAUACACGUACGUGGCGAUAUGCGUCAUCAGCAAAGUACCUUUCUUCUCCUACAUCGGUUCAAGGCUCGAGUGCAUCGCGCAGACGUACUUCCACAACAAGUGCUUCAGGGACUACCAGCUGCUGGUGUCGUUCGUGGAGCAGAUGAACUCCGCGGAGAUGGUGGAGAACUGGAGCUACGAGUCGCUGUACGCCAACCUGGAGAUGUACUUCAAGCCCGUUGCGCUGUGUUUGUCGUACCGGUCGCUGCUGUUCAUCGUGAAGUCGCUUAUGGUUGGCCGCAAGAUCACCGUCUACUCGCAGUCCGCCGCCCGCACGUCCACGGCCGUCUUGGCGAUGCUGACGAUGAUCCCCGGGGCCAGCGCGCUCGGUUUCAAUUCUAACGGUUUCGGUUCGAUGUGGCACUCGUGGAAGAAGUUCGCCAUGCCGCUGCAGCUGUUCCACUCGCAGAACAUGAUCUUCCCUUACUUCACGAUGGAGAUGGUGAACCUCGUGAAGGGCGUCUCCGGCUAUAUUGUGGGCAUCACUGACCUCAAAAUCAUCCAGUGCCUGGACCAGCUGCCUGACUUUUUGGUUAACCUGGAGCAGAACUGCAUACAGCUGCUGAACGGCGGCCUGCUGCAGAUGUUCCACCCGUCCCUGUACGAGAUCCAGCAUUUCGACAGCGCGGCGGAACCUGAAUACGACUCCGAGGACGACGAGAUUGUGAAGGCGGUAUCCAGCACCGGUGGCGCCAUAUAUUCCACCAUUGGUGGGUAUUUGAGCAAGACCCCGUCCGCUUUGGUGGACAUCAGCGGCUCCCUCAAGCGCACCAUCGGCAACCGCGUGUCGCGUAGGGGCGUCAUCAAGUGCAACGAGAGUGCGCUGGGGCUGCUCGACAAGUAUUUCCCGGGCACUGUGCCGAACUGGCUGAAGAAAUGCAACACGUCGAAACGCUCCACAGUCGCGUCCAAGGCACAGGAGAGGUACGACGACGACGAGGAUCCCUCAGCCCAACCGGACACCCGUGUGUCCGCGUCACGCCCCUUCUCGAUGCACGACAUGUUCGCCAAGAUGGCCAAACACAAGAGCCACUACCACUACUUUGGUUACGUCGAGCACAUCCACGUGUCCCACCAUGACAAGGAGCGCAUCCGUGAAGUCGAAUACGCCAUCAACUAUCGCAUCAACCCCAUGCAAGAGUACCUGCUGAAGUUCCUAUCGGACGUCGCGUACGUCUGCGGGGAGAAGCGGAUGCUGCACCAGCUACUGAUGGACUUCAAUUUCGACGUGAAGGCGCUUACCGAUUGCGCGCAGACUGUGACGGGCACGGUGUUGAAGCGUGGCGACUGCUUCUUCCGCGGCGACCUUCCCGCGAUUAGCUUCCUCGAGUCCAGUUACAAGAACUUCUUCCCGGAGCAGCAGUGCGAUUGCGACAUCCCGUGCCCCGGUGAAGGUGAACACCACGAGUUCUGCGACUAUGGCGAUCCGGUGUCCUACGACAACGAUUUCACGGUGAUCCAUCCGCACGACAAGACGUAUCACCAGUGCUCCGAUAACACCAAGCAAUGCGCUGCCGACACAGCCAAAACCGAGAAAAGCUCCCCUGCGGAUGCGGCGCUUGAAUUUUUCAAAUCCUUGUCAUUUUCCAAAUUCGCUGCGCUCUUCGCGCCGUCAAAGAAGAAAGAAUCUGCAAAAUCCGAUGGCGGCAAGGAUGCGGGGAAACAACCUGGCUCCAGCGGCCUCGACGACCGUGACAAGGGCCGUUCCAAACGCUCGACCGAUGCGGUGAAGGACGCUAAGGAAGCGGCCAAGGCCGCCACCAAAGAUGAAAAAGGGUCUUCUGACGCCGGAACCGCUUCCGAACCGGCCAAGGAUGGCGCCGCUGAAGCUUCGGCAGCUGCAUCCGAUGUGCAAAGCGCCAACGACUCGGAAAAGCAGCCCGCGGCUGAUGAACCCACGGAAGGCGAAAAGGAUGCCGUAUCCGGGGAAACUGCGCCAGAACAGAAGGAGGAACCGGAAUCAACAGCCGAAUCAGCCCCCAAGACCGACGCUGAAGCUCCAUCGGAGUCCGUGGUAGAUUCUGGAACUGCGGCCUCAGAAGCCCCUGCUAGCGAAGAGGCCGAAAAGGUUGCGGAGGAACACGAUGCUGAGAAGGCACCCGAGAGCGAACAGACCGAACCGACAGCCGCACAAGAAGCCACAGCCAGUGCAGAGGAUGCUGCUAAGGCCGAGCAGCCAGAUGACAGCAACACUGCAGAGGAUGCUGCUGAGGCGGAAACACAAGACAACAGCGGUCCAAAGGACGAUGGUGACGCCGUGGAGAAUACCGGCGAGGACAGCUCAGCAAAUGCUGCUAAGCCUGCGGAACCAGACGCCAACAAUGGCACAGCCGAUGCCACUAAUGCCACUGAAACAGAUGCCAAAAGCGGUUCAGAAACUGUUGACACUGCGGCAGAGGGUGACAGUAGUGGUGCAAAGGAUGCCGCUGCUGUGAAACAAGACGGCGGUAGUCCUGCAGAAAAUGCCGCGGCUGCCACAGCCACAGCUGAGAAGCCUUCGGAAAGCGCAGAGGCAGGUUCGGAUGGCAAAGAGAAAUCGCCCGAGGCGGCCGGCGAAGGCGCUCAGAAGGCUGACGAGGAAAAAUCCGAAUCUGCCAAACCGGGCUUUUUUGAACUGGUUAGGCAGUUUAUCACCGGUGAGUUCGUUACUGAUGAAGCGGAUGCGAACGCCAAGAAUGAAGACGAUGUAGAAAACAACGAACUGUGGAACGACACGCAUGAGUACGACACCGAUUCGACUCCCAGGUAUGAACCGAAUGCGACCGCCAACGACGCUGAUGGCGCCGAGAAACCCGACGAAGAGGUUCCACGGGAAACAAAGGAUAUUGACUUCUUUGCUGGCGCCAAAGCAUCCGUUGCUGAAAAAUCAAAUGAAGUGCCAGCUGCACGGCAGAGUGUUGGUGUCAACGAGGUACAAGUGGCCGGCCCAUCGCCCAACGUCCAAAAUGACGAGUUAAUGAAGGAAAUGAAGAAAGAAGGCGACUCCGGGGAAUGUGAAAAGAAGGGAUGCCAGCAUGCACACGAAGACGAAAAGGAUGCAGGGACCAGCGACGUGAAGCAAGGGAAAGGUGGUGCAAAAUCUGCGGCCCCAAUCCGCAAGAGCUUCACGCCCAAGAAAAAAGUGUACCCCACCCAGCGCAACUACAGGCGGUCUGAGGAUGAGGAGAUUAAGUUUGAAGUGGUUGGGUCUGUGGCCACCAAGAUCAUGGAGUUGCAGUGCAACCACGGUAUCGACUUUAUUGAGAUGUGGGUGAACAGCCUGUGCGCGCAGCAGUUCUUCGAGGAGAACGAGCUGGCCACGUUCAGCGAGCCCGUGUACUUCAGCAAAAGCUCGAUGGCGAAGCAGAAGUACGCGAACGGCGAUGUGUACAUCGGUGACAUGAAGUACAUGAAGCGUGACGGCAAGGGCACGUACAUAACCGCGGACGGGACCGUCUACGAGGGCGACUGGGUUGGCGGCAAGCGCCACGGUGAAGGCAGUUUGAUAUCGGAGAAGCAGGGGUACAAAUACCGCGGGCAGUGGGUUUCCGACAAACGCAACGGCUACGGCGAGCUGCAAACCCCGACCUUCAUUUACAGCGGCAUCUUCAAGAACAACACCUUCCACGGUACCGGUAAGCUGGUGCACGCCGGCGGCGACACCUACGAGGGCGACUUCGAGAACGGCCAGUACUGCGGCCGCGGCAAGCUGAUUAGCAUCGACGGCACCGUGAAGAUUGGGUCGUUCCGCAACAACGAGCUGCAGGGCGUGUGCAGCAUGAUAAAGCCCGACGGCCGCAUCUACGUGGGCAAGCUCCAUGGCGAAGUGCUGCACGGCCCCGGCAAAAUCAUCUACGACAAGUUGGUGUCGUUCGAAGGGCAGUGGGACCGCGGGAUCCGCAACGGCCAGGGAGCGGUGACCAUAAAGAUGAACGACACCGAAUUCUCCGCCACCAUCAGCAUCGAGGGCACCUGGGUGAAUGACAGCCUGGUGAUGUCUGACGUGCUGGUGAAGUUCCCCGGCGGAUACAAGUACGUGGGCACCCUGGCCUUCUGCCCAGACCUGAACCCCCUGCUGAGGCUCCCCUCGUACGACGAGUCCGUGUUCACCGAGGCUGAGGAGGUGAUGUCCACCUUCAGCAACCGCAUUUUGCCGCACGGCGGGGGCAUCAUUAAGGCGCCCAGCGGGAGCACGUACAGCGGCGACCUGCUGUGUGGCAUGCGCCACGGCAACGGUGUUAUGAUUUUCCACAACGGCGUGUCGUACAACGGCCCGUGGGCGUACGGCACUGUGCACGGCGUCGCCGAGGUGACGUUCCCCGGCGACAUGCCGCAGAAGCGCCUCAUCUUUGAGUACGGCCAACUGCUCGACGAGCUGGACAAGAAGCAACGUCAGCUGGUGGAUGAGUGCUUAAUGGAAGUUGGUAGGCCCACUUUCGAGCGCGAGUUCACUUUGCGUAACUUGGAGCCGUUCCCCGGCCUGCUGCGCAGGGUACCGGCGGUCCUGUGA